CUCGCUCUCCUCCCCUCCGCUCCCCACCCCUGCUGCUGCCCCUUCCCUCUCCCGCUUCUCCCCACGCUGCCUACCUCCCUUCCCCUCCUCCGCUCUCUCCUCCCCUUCCCUCCCCACGCUCUUCUCCCCUCCCUCCUCCCCUCCCCUCGGCCGUCCCUCCUCCCUCCUCCCCCCGCUCCUGAAGAGCGCGCCGCGUAGGGGACGGGCCGGUUACUUCCUCCAGCGACUGACGAGCGCGGUGUCGCUCCUCCAGCCCCGAGCUCCCGGAGCCGCCUGGCCCGCGUCCGGCCUCCCCGAUCGUCUCCGGCCCGCGCCCUCGCCCUCGCCCGGCGCACACCCAGCAGCCGCGGGCCCAGAGCAGCCACCGCCCCAACCGCGCGCCAGCCCUGCCCGCAGCGGCGUGAUGAAUGAUUUCGGAGUCAAGAAUAUGGACCAGGUAGCCCCUGUGGCUAACAGUUACAGAGGGACGCUCAAGCGCCAGCCAGCCUUUGACACCUUUGAUGGGUCCCUGUUUGCUGUUUUCCCUUCUCUCAAUGAAGAGCAAACACUACAAGAAGUGCCAACAGGCUUGGAUUCAAUUUCUCAUGACUCAGCCAACUGUGAAUUGCCUUUGUUAACCCCAUGCAGCAAGGCUGUGAUGAGUCAAGCCUUAAAAGCUACCUUCAGUGGCUUCAAAAAGGAGCAGCGGCGCCUCGGCAUUCCAAAGAACCCCUGGCUGUGGAGUGAGCAGCAGGUGUGCCAGUGGCUUCUCUGGGCCACCAACGAGUUCAGCCUGGUGAACGUGAAUCUGCAGAGGUUUGGCAUGAAUGGCCAGAUGUUGUGUAACCUUGGCAAGGAACGCUUUCUGGAGCUGGCACCUGACUUUGUGGGUGACAUUCUCUGGGAACAUCUGGAGCAAAUGAUCAAAGAAAACCAAGAAAAGACAGAAGAUCAAUAUGAAGAAAAUUCACACCUCACCUCAGUUCCUCAUUGGAUUAACAGCAAUACAUUAGGUUUUGGCACAGAGCAGGCACCCUAUGGAAUGCAGACACAAAAUUACCCCAAAGGCGGUCUCCUGGACAGCAUGUGUCCGUCUUCCACACCCAGUGUACUCAGCUCCGAGCAGGAGUUUCAGAUGUUCCCCAAGUCUCGGCUCAGCUCCCUCAGCGUCGCCUACUGCUCCGUCAGUCAGGACUUCCCAGGCAGCAACUUGAGUUUGCUCACCAACAAUUCUGGGACGCCCAAAGACCACAUCUCCACCGAGAAUGGUGCAGACAGCUUCGAGAGCUCAGACUCCCUCCUCCAGUCUUGGAACAGCCAGUCGUCCUUGCUGGAUGUGCAGCGGGUGCCUUCCUUUGAGAGCUUCGACGAUGACUGCAGCCAGUCGCUCUGCCUCAAUAAGCCAACCAUGUCUUUCAAGGAUUACAUCCAAGAGAGGAGUGACCCGGUGGAGCAAGGCAAACCAGUUAUACCUGCGGCUGUGCUGGCUGGCUUCACAGGAAGUGGACCCAUUCAGCUGUGGCAGUUUCUCCUGGAGUUGUUAUCAGACAAAUCCUGCCAGUCAUUCAUCAGCUGGACUGGAGACGGGUGGGAGUUCAAGCUCGCCGACCCCGACGAGGUGGCCCGCCGGUGGGGAAAGAGGAAAAAUAAGCCCAAGAUGAACUACGAGAAGCUGAGCCGGGGCUUACGCUACUAUUAUGACAAGAACAUCAUCCACAAGACAUCGGGGAAGCGCUACGUGUACCGCUUUGUGUGCGACCUCCAGAACUUGCUGGGGUUCACACCCGAGGAGCUGCACGCCAUCUUGGGCGUCCAGCCCGACACGGAGGACUGAGGUCGCCAGGACCUCCCUGAGCCGGCCCCAGGCUCGUGGACUGAGUGGGAAGUCCAUCCUGACCAACUGCUCCGAAGACCCAGGAAAGACAGGAAAGAAAACGCCCGGGAAAGUCGCCAAGAAGCAGUGGCCUUAUUGCCUCCCAAACCACGCCUCUUGACCAGGCUGUCUCCCUAGUGACAGCGACGGCACAGCUAUGUCUCCUCACAGUGCUUUUAAGUGAAAAUGGUCGAGAAAGAGGCACCGGGAAGCCAUCCUGGCGCCUGGCAGGCUGUGGACGGGAUGGUUCUGGCUGUUUGAGACUCUCAAAGGAGCGAGCAUGUCGCGGACACACACACACACACACACACACACACACACACACACACACCCCACACUAUUUUUAGAUUUUCUUUUGCCUUCUGCAACCAGGAACAGCAAAUGCAAAAACUCUUUGAGAAGGGUAGGAGGGUGGGAAGGAAACAACCAUGUCAUUUCAGAAGUUAGUGUGUAUAUAUUAUUAUAAUCUUAUAAUUGUUCUCAAAAUCCCCUAACAGUUCUAUUUAUCAGAAAUUAUAUAUUGUAAUUUAAAAUAAUUAUAUAACUGUAUUUGAAAUAAGAAUUCAGGCAUCCAAGGUUUUAUUUCAUUCUUCAAUAGCACAUAUGGAAUUUUGCAAAGAUUUAAUCUGCCAAGGGCCGACGAAGAGAACUUGUAAAGUAUGUGUUAUUUACAUUUAAUAGACUUACAGGGAUAAGGCCUAUGGAGGGUAAUCCCUGCUUUUUGUGUUUUUUGUUUUUGGGGUUUUUCUUGCCUUGGUUGUCUGGCAAGGACUUUGUACAUUUAGGGAUUUUUAUGAGAAACCUAAAUGUUAUUAUCUGGGGUUAUAUCUGGCCUCUGCUUUUUCCUUUAAUUGUAAAGUCAAAGCUAUAAAGCGGUAUUUUUCUUGACAAAUGGCAUAUGUUUUCCACUUGUGCAUGCCUUUCAGUCAGUUUAUACACAAAAUAGAUUUUAUUUUUUAGUUUAACUGCGUUUCUCCAACAGCUCACCUCUCCCUGACCAACCAGCCAUUUCCUUCCUGCGCUCCACGUUCUUCUGUAUGAUUAAAAUAAGAAUACUAUUUUUGGAAAUAUGCAACUCCUUUUCAGAGAUCAGGAGGGAUUUAUGUAGCAGCUAUUUUUACUGCAAAAGUAAUUCACUGGAAAAAAAAAUGUAAUUUGUUUAAGAAAGCUUUAUUUUUAUCUCAGCUCCAUGUAAAGUUAAACUUACUGUACAGAGCUGAAGGACGGUGAGCAGUGGGGGUCUCAAUGAAACCUCUUCAAGGAAGCACGGCUUGUCCCAUCUCUGUUCACUGUGUGUCUCAAACCAUCUGAAUAGCAUGCUGCCCCUUUUCUGCUCAGUGCCCACAGUAAGAUGGUGUUAUUCUUAUUUUCUUGGACACAGAAUGUUCUGAGGCACAGAGCAGGUACUUAAGAUGGGAAAGAGAAUGCGUCGGAGCCAUUCGUUCGGAGAAAUUGUUUUGAUCGAGAUGGAGACUUUUGUAGUCAUUUCAAAAGAGCACCUGAGUCACAUGUAUUCCUGGCCUUUAUAAACGACCCGGUCAAGUUGGUUUCAAAGUCCGAUGGGCUUGACUGUUUACUAGCUGUGUGGCCUUGGACCGGUGGCUGACAUCUGUAAAGAAUCCUCCUGUGAUGAAACUGAGAAAUCGGGUGGCCUGGCAAGCUGGGAAGAGCAAAGCCAGAGCUGCGACGCCUAAAUACCCACAAAAGAACGUUCCCAGUAUACUUAAACACAGGAUGUUUUUCUCAAGAGGGACAUAUUUAUCACUCGGACAUCUGUUUAUGAUAUAAACAGAUGAUAUAUCUGUUUAUGAUAUAAACAGACAUGUGACUGGGAACAUCUUGCUGCCAAAAGAAUGCUAGCCAUUGGCUCAUUGGAUGUGAGGUUUAGCCACGUGAAAUUGCCCAUAUUAGACUGGUUUUUAUCUACAAAGAAGGAGUUUCAUGGGGUUCAACCUAACAGUUACAGAAACUAAAGUCCUUAUAAACCAUUGGCAUGGUAAUGAACAGAUCUUAAGUAUAAAAGUUUUGUAACUGGGCCUUUACUCUCUCAGUAAUAAAGUAUUUUGUUUAUAUAAA